AGCACACAGCACACAGCAGGAGGAGGAGUAAGAUAUCUGUCCGUCAAGGCGGUUACCACAUUGAAGGGGCGGUCUUGGAAUGCUCAGCACCCAAUGGGAAGCGACGCUCCGUGUGUCGCUAUGGUGACGGGGUUGUGCCCGGGGAGGCUGUGAUGGGUUGACAGGUGCGUGACAAUCGGAGCUCUCUGCAAGCAUGUACGCCAAAGGCAAGAGUAACAGCGUACCGUCCGACAACCAGGCCAGGGAAAAGUUAGCUCUUUAUGUGUAUGAAUAUUUGCUUCAUGUAGGAGCACAGAAGUCAGCACAGACAUUUUUGUCAGAGAUACGAUGGGAGAAAAAUAUCACAUUAGGAGAGCCACCAGGAUUUCUACAUUCUUGGUGGUGUGUUUUUUGGGAUCUGUAUUGUGCGGCACCUGAAAGACGAGAAACAUGCGAACACUCGAGCGAAGCGAAGGCCUUUCACGACUACAGUGCCGCGGCUGCUCCCAGUCCAGUGCUAGGAAACAUUCCCCCAGGAGAUGGCAUGCCAGUGGGGCCUGUACCGCCGGGAUUCUUCCAGGGACCUCCCGGUUCACAGCCUUCACCACAUGCACAGCCUCCACCUCACAGCAAUCCCAUGAUGGGGCCUCACAGUCAGCCGUUCAUGUCGCCUCGUUACCCUGGAGGUCCUCGGCCGCCCCUCAGAAUACCGAAUCAGGCAUUAGGGGGAGUCCCAGGAAAUCAGCCAUUGCUACCAAGUGGGAUGGACCCGACACGGCUGCAAGGGCAUCCAAGCAUGGGCGGGCCAAUGCAAAGAAUGACUCCACCUCGAGGGAUGGUCCCGCUAGGACCGCAGUCUGAUCCUUGGUUAUCAUUGCAGAGCUAUGGAGGUGCAAUGAGGCCCCCUCUGAAUGCUCUAGGUGGCCCUGGAAUGCCUGGGAUGAAUAUGGGUCCAGGAGGCGGCAGAGCGUGGCCAAACCCUCCCAAUGCCAACUCGAUACCAUACUCUUCUGCGUCUCCUGGGAAUUAUGUGGGUCCGCCGGGAGGAGGAGGUCCUCCAGGGACACCCAUCAUGCCCAGCCCAGCAGACUCUACAAACUCCGGUGACAACAUGUACACUAUAAUCAAUUCAGUUCCCCCUGGAGCGAACAGGUCCAAUUUCCCAAUGGGCCCCGGGUCAGAUGGCCCCAUGGGUGGAAUGGCAGGAAUGGAACCGCAUCACAUGAAUGGGUCGUUAGGCUCAGGAGACAUGGACAGUAUUUCCAAGAACUCUCCCAGCAACAUGAGUAUGAGUAAUCAGCCUGGCACUCCGCGGGACGACGGGGAGAUGGGUGGAAACUUCCUCAACCCUUUUCAGAGCGAAAGUUACUCUCCCAGCAUGACAAUGAGCGUGUGAUCAGCUACUCAUCACCACCACCACCCAGCGUAGAGAGAGGAGGCUUCAUCUUCGAGGAGGAGCUGCAAGAGAAGAUUUAUUUAUCCAGUGUACAGUGAGGAGUCCCGUCUGAACCCACUGUUUCCUGUCUCUUAUCAUUUCUGUGAAGAAAGUGGGUCCAAACUACUUUUUAUUUUGUUUUUAUUUUUUCUUUUACAGCACUUCUCAGACUGAACUGCAUUUUAGGAAUCGCCCUGAACUGAACUGCAAAAUGAUUAUUUGUAUAUAUUCUCACACUGAAAUGAUAUAUGGAUCGAGAGUAACUGAAACCUCUUUAAAGUAGAAAAAAAUAAAGGAUUUUUUUUAUUAUUCAAUUUUUUCAAUGUUUACAUGUUUUUGAUUUUUUUUCUUUUUCCUGGAAAUCCAUGUUGUGUUGUGUAUACCACUGCUAAAUAAGUUAUUUCAUUGAUUUCAGAUAGGUAAGGUUUAGGGAAUGCAGUAUAUGGGUAUACUAACGAUGGAAGGAAUGAUUGAUUGAUUUAUCCUGUGAAUGAACAGUUUGUUCUGUGCCAAGAAACAGAAGAAAGCCUUUCCUUAUUACUUAGAAAGUAACAGCUCCCAGACACACAGCAGCAGUAGUAUAGGGUCCAGAAGUAAUGGCAGUGAUAUAUUUGUAUUAUUAUUAAUCAGUUUUACCCAAUGUAAUGUCAUCUCACUAGUGUCUAGUGCUACCAAUCAGGAGGACAGCAGUGUGGAGUAGUGGUUAGGGCUUUGGACUCUUGACCAGAGGGUUGUGGGUUCAAUCCCUGGUGGAAGACACUGCUGCUGUACCCUUGAGCAAGGUACUUUACCUAGAUUGCUCCAGUAAAAACCCAACUGUAUAAAUGGGGAAUUGUAUGUAAAAAUAAUGUGAUAUCUUGUAACAAUUGUAAGUCGCCCUGGAUAAGGGCGUCUUCUAAGAAAUUAAUAAUAAUAAUAAUAAUAAUAAUAAUAAUAAUAAUAAUAAUAAUAAUAAUAAUAAUAAUAAUAAUCAACAGGCAUCCUCCAUCCUCUCCGUCACCCUGUGAACCAAAGCCAUGCAUGUUACCAAGCUAGUGAACCCUGACGUCAAGGGUCUUGUCUGGAUUUGUCGGGCCCCUGACCAGUUGAGGUCCAGCCGUUUUUCCUGCCCAAUCCACAGGAGUGCAAAGACCAAUGCAGCACUCCCUGUGGCCGCCAGUCAAGGCCGGCAACUCGGCACACCCAGGAUUCGUGCCAGCAAGCUCCUGAUUGAUGACUGGUGAUAUUCUAAAGAUCUUAAACUAUAUACAUUUCAAAAAGUGUUCACAGAUGGCAUAUAUACAGGUGGAUUGGUUCCACGCUGGAAAAAAACAAUCCUAUUGAAGUGCUUUAAGGAAGAUAUUGAAGGUGUUGAAAAGUUUGUCUAAGAUUGAGUGUUCCAUUUUGUUGUAGGUGGUUGACUAUUUCUGUCCCUCCUUUUAUAGUCAGAUAUAUCAGAAAUGACUUUGGGAGAGAGACUAAGAUGUGAACUGGGGGCUUUGAUGAGAGGCUAUACUGGAACAAAAUAUGAUUCUGUACUUUGCAUUCAUUUGAAACCAAGGGAGCACUAUAUAUCCAAAAUCCCAGAUAAUAUAUAUUUCCUUUAAAAUAGGAUAACCUUGCACAGUUCACUUAGAGCAGAGUUUCUCAAACUCGGUCCUGGGGACCCCCUGUGUGUGCUGGUUUUCAUUCCAACUGAAAUCUCAAUUACUUAACUAUACCCUUAAUUGAACUGAUAAUUUGUUAAAUUAGACCAUUUUACUUGUUUUCAGCUCUUAAACAGUUGCAGAUUUCAAGUUAGCUAUACCAUUUUAUAAGUAACUUGAACUCUGUUGAAAACAAUUAAAAAGGUCUAACUAAGCAAGUUAUUAGUUCAAUUAAAGGCGUAGUUAAGCGAUUGAGAGCUCAUUUGGAAUGAGAACCAGAAGACGGGGUCCCCAGGACUGAGUUUGAGAAGCCCUGACUUCGACUAUACCAUUCCCCCUUGAUUUAACAUCUACUGUACAUUCCAAUAUCAGUUCCCUUUUAGAGAUUUUAUUGGUGCACAUUUUGGUAAUAAUUUGUUUAAGAUAUAUUAAACUUUUGUGAUUCAUUAAAAAAAAAAGAUGACGCAACCUAAACUAUAACUUGUUUGCCAGUCUUGUAGUGAAAGAUACGUGUAAAACUAUCAAUGUGCUGGAAUUGCAAAGCAUGCCCUGUACAUAUCCUUUUAUGUCAACAUUACACCUUUUGAUAUUUUAAUUGUUUGGGGGUAUCUUUUAUUUUAAAAAUGUUUAGUUCACCUUUUAUUGCAUGGUUUAUGUAUGUAGGUCAGUAUUAAUAAUUAGUCACACAAAAUGUAUCUUUUUUUUAACCCAGAAAAUCUUCAACACUUUUUUUAUGCAAAGGCUUUCUUCAGUUUCUUUUUUCAAACCACUGCCCACUAUUACCAAAAAAGAUGAAGAGGCUUGUGAAUUUUUUUAUCUUCUCAUAUCUUCUUUUGCAGUGAUUUGGUAAUUUUAUAGAUUGAAAGUACAACUCACCUGUGUUUUUUUGUGAAUUAUUUAAGAAAUAGGUUAAAGACGUGUUUUUUUGUUUGUUUUUUUUAUAGCAUCUAGCAGUUUUUUGUUUUUUUUUAAGCCUGUGAGUUGCAGAUAUAAGGGAGCCUCUUAUGUAAAUGGAAAGACUUGCCACAAGCGUUUUUUUGUUUUUGUUUUUUCAUUUGUGACGUGUUUAUUUUUUACCUUGUGUUCUGUUUCUGUAAAUACUCUGAAAAGUAUAAUAUGGGUUUUGGUUAUACUGAUAUAAAGUUUCUCCCCCCUGUUAA